AUGUACGGUGGUGCGUAUCCUCCUUAUCCACCUCACGGUCAACAGCCACCUCUUGGUUAUGGCCCUCCUCCUCCGGGCGCAUUCCAACCUCCUUUGGGUUCACCACCCUUCGUCCAACCUGGUAUGAACCACACUACUACGCCUCAGCCGCCCAACCCUAUGGGAUUUGCCCAACCACCACCGGGAUCAACCCCGUCCCAACAGUCUCCAGCACCGAUGGGCUAUGGAGCUCCCCAUUCUCAACAACCUUCUCCUUCACCACAACCUGCUUCUCAACCUCAUCAACACUCACCUCAAGGGCCACUUCCUGUGGGGAAUUCGUUUCACCAUCUACCCCCUCCACCAGGAUUUCCACAUCUACAUCCUCAACAUCUUCCUCCACCUGGCCUUCACCAACCUCCCAAACCAUUCGGUUUCGCUGAGUACGGCGACCCGGAAAGUGUACUGAGAUGUAUGAAGGUGAUCGAUGGUGCCAAACUUCCGAUCAAUGGUGGUCGUGGCGGCGAGAAGGCUUUAAUGAUCAAGCCCGAUGACAAAACCAAAGCAAGGCUCGAUACAUACGCAGCUACCAAAAUUAAGACUGAUCAAGACACUGAGCUGGAUACCCAAGUUAUUGAACGUCUUGAAGGAUUAAUUUCGCAAAUGAAAGAUCCGGACAUUCUAGCGGCGACUGCAUCCGAGUCUACGUCUGCUAAUAACCCUGCUGCAACGGCUAAUGGCUCCAACAAGAAGAACAUGGCCGCUCAUUUACAAGAUCUUGCACCUGAAGAUCUGCCUGAAGAGUCGCGAGGUCUUAUCACGCGAGAAAUACAAUUUUUCCGUGAACGGGCUAUCAGCAAGCGAGGCGACGCCGAGAAAUCUAAAGAACAGCGAGAUCGCGCUAGUAGGGAUGGUGGAUCAGGUUCACCUGCUGGAUCUCGCGGUUUUGGUGGCUCAAAUAACAACAAUAAGGCAGGUUACGGAUCCUCUAACAACACGCCGAUGGGUCCACGCGGUGGCUCUGGCUCGGGCCCCAGCGGUUCGCCUGCAAAUGACCCUCAAACCUUCAACCGACCAAUGGGAUUUGUUCGUGCUGGUCAGAUGGCUGCGGCCCAACAGCAGCUUGGAUCAGGAUCUUCGAACCACGAUGCGUCUCUUCCUGUAAAUGACGAGGAAGAAGAGAAAAUGAGGGAAGACCGAAAAAAACGCAUGAAUCAUCUUGAAUUCAAAGACCGUGAACGCCGAUGGGAGACGAGAGAACGAAAUCGAGCACAGACCAAUCAGAGAGAUCAACAACGAGAAAAAUCGAUUAGAGAUGAAGAAACGCGCAUCCGAAAUCAAACAAAAGCAAGACUAUCGAACUGGGAUGACGAUAUCGAGAUCAGCAGAGGCAAAGAAUUGUUUUACUCCAAUCGAUCGAAAUGGAGAUCGAUUCGAAAGACUUUCCGACAGCGUGAAGAAAAAUCAGAUAGGAUCGACGAAGAAUUAGAGCAAGAGCAAUUAGAAGCGAUCAAGAAAGAGUCGGAGGACUUCUUAAAUAGACAAGCUGAAAUGAUCGCCAAGAUCCAAGAUGAGAAUCGUAAAGCUGGACUUUUACAACUUGACGAAGGCGGCAAACCGAUACAGCUGUCUUUUGGUGGAUUCAGCGCCAGCCACAACUCUAACCAGACAAAUGGUAAAAACAAUUCCGGAGGAACUUCGACCACCUUACAACCGAUCUCGUUGAAAAAGGAGAACAAGAGCAAUGGUGGAGUUUUGGGUGGUAAUGAGGAUGAUGACGACGGUUUUAGGAAAAAGAGAGCUCUGAUCCCACUGACAUACGAUGACGACGAAACCAAACAAAACCCCACCCCAAGCAAGAUCAACAUUCAGUUUGGCAACCCGACCAUAACGUCCAAACCCAGGGAAACAGCAGGAAUGGUGGAAGAGAAGAAGAAAAAGAAGAUGCGUGAAAUAGUCUCAUCUAUUCCUAAUGACAAAGAUGCAUUGUGGUUGCUGACAGUGGACUGGAAGUGGUUGAGCGAGACCAUAAUCAAAGAAAAACUCGAACCGUUUGCGAAUAAGAAGAUUAUCGAAUAUCUUGGAAUGCAAGAAGAUGAGUUGGUCUCUGCGAUCAUUGAUCAUAUCAGAGCUCACAAAGAUGCGCAAGGUUUAGUCACAGAACUUGAACCAGUUCUAGCUGAGGAAGCUGAAGAAUUUACUCUUAAAUUUUGGAGAGUGCUCAUCUUCGAACUUCGAGCAGCUGAAGCUGGUCUGAUAUCCAACAACACUACCACCUAA